UUUGUAUUAUAUUGAAAUCAUUCUAAUAAAAUUCUAUCUUAAUUUUUAGCGAUUUGACUGGUGUUUAAUGUAGCUUUAAAGGGUCAUGGCAACUUUUUAAAAAGUUUUUAACCAAAAAUAUCCACCACCUUACGAGAGAGUAAAUUCUUCUUAUAUUACUAGAGCAACAAACAAAUUAUCGCACAAGGGCGAGUGCAUAGAGAUAAGUGCUUGCUUGAUAAGGAAUUAAAACACAAUUUAAGCUUAUUAAAGCGUCUGAAUUCGAUAUUAUAUUUUAGUAUUUCAGUAAGUGCAAGUAACUUGGUCUGCAAACCCGAUUUAUUGUAGAGGAAAUAUAAGAACAAUAACAGAAAAUUAAUAAAUAAGAACAAACUAAAAGUACGCAAAUUGUGUGUAAUAUUCGCCUAUAUACUAAGUCAACUGAUCAUAAAAAACAAAUUUCUGUUGGCGCAAAAUACCGAAAUGAAGUUUAUCAAAACUACUUUUGAAUCAAUCUCCACUUGGCCUCCCGAUUGCUAUAGCGAUGAGGAGAUUACUUGUGAUUGUUCUGAAAAUAGUGAUUUUAUUUGUAAUAUUGACGACGGACUCAAUUAUAUUUACAUCGAAUUUUCUUCAAACUUACGGAAUCUGGUUGUAUUGUGUUCCAUAUUCUCAGAAAUUAAUAUAAAUUUUCUACUCGAUCACAAAUUUCAGUCAAUUUUUUUUAAAACACGUUAUUUAAAUGUGAUAGAUUGCAAGAAUUUUACACACGAAAUCUAUAUGAAUGGCGAUGUGCAGGAAAUUAUAGUAGAAAUGCAUGAGCUGAAUAAAAUAAUUCUAAUAAAUAACAAUGACCUUGAUGCAGGAACAAUGGAAUAUUAUGGGUCAGUCAUGAAUAUAGUUCACUUACAAUUGAAUAUUAAAUCAAAUCAUAAUGAAAUCCGGGAAGCAGAUGUUAUAAGCAUACCAGCUGACACAUUUUCUACGCUGAACAAACUGGAAACGCUUAAGCUUAGCGUACACAGCCUACGAAGUCAGUACUUAUCGCUGCAAAACUUGACGCAAACACACUUUAAGAACCUAACUGCGCUCAGACAGCUUGACUUAGCCGGAAACAAUAUGAGAAUGUUGGGCGCCAACAACUUUGCAGGGCUAACGCAAUUGAAUUGUCUGAAUUUGAGCCGUAAUGAAAUCCGGGAAUUGCCCGAAAGUCUGUUUGAAUAUCAGCCUCAACUUCUCGUACUGGAUCUGAGUCACAAUUUAUUGGAAUAUUUACCGCCACACAUUUUCGAUCACACUCCUUGGCUAUGGCAGCUGAUACUUGGUGGUAAUCAACUGCACGACACCACAAAUCUUAUAGAAAAUCUGAAACCGUUGCAUUAUCUACAUAGGCUAGAUGUGAGUCAGAAUCACCUGCAAAGUAUUUGGAGCACCGAGACUGCCGUCAAUAGAACGCCAAGUUUACUAACAAAUUUUCGAUACAGCCACAAGCGCAUGAGUUUGGUUUUAGCCAACGGUCUUAAUUAUAUUACCAAGUUGCAACCAGAAAACUACGAAGGUGGCAGGAUUAAUUCAACAGUAAUCAAUUUAAGUGGCAAUCGUCUGCGCGAAAUCACUUUGGAUUGGCUUGUAGCAGCGAACAUUUCAUGCCCUUUUGAAAUAAACCUAGAGCACAAUCGGAUUGAAAACAUUUUUGCUUUACAAAAUUUCUUCAGUGCAACUGCCGAUUGUGCGCCCGAAAUCAAAAUGACUGGUAAUCCGAUCGUGUGCGAUUGUAAAUUGGCUUGGAUUUACAGUGAAAACUGUCGUUCGCUGUUCAAUGGUUUGCAGUGCGUUCAGACAUCAACCAAACUAGUAAAGGAUCUCGCGCAGCUGGAACGUAAAGAACUGUGUGCUUGGGAACCAGUAAUGUGCCCCAGCAAAUGCAAUUGUUACACACAAUUUGAAUUUGUGCACAUCAGUUGCAAUGGUGCGCAACAUAUCGAAGAGCUCCCUCGCCCCGAGCAAGUUGGACUCAAGAGUUCGGUACUCGAUUUAAGCAAUAACAAUUUCAUUGUAUUGCCGCUAAACACCACCUUCGGCUAUGCAUAA